GCCUCCAGGACCGUGAACACACCAAAGUAGCCGUUGGGAUCGAACCUUAUAGUUUCCCGUCAACAACGGUUCUGUUAAAUGUCAGAAGAUUAAUUUUUGUUCGCGAUUUCUUCAGCUAAACGUUAAAAUGGCCGAAGUUGAUGAAAUAGUGAAGAGGCUGCAGGCUCAAAAAGGAGUGGAAGGAGUCAUCAUCGCUAAUUCUGAGGGAAUCGCCAUCAGGUCCACUCUGGAGGACCAGCACACGGUCCAGUACGUGGCGCUGAUCCAACCUCUGCUGGUGAAGGCCAAGAAGAUGCUACAGGAAAUGGAUCCCUCGGACGACUUCACCUACCUGCGGAUCCGCACUGAGAAGAACGAGAUCAUUAUCACUGCUGAUAAGGAAUAUUUCAUGGUUGCGAUCCAGAAGCCUGCACCCUGAAGUUGCCUCUUCUUUUUCAAUCUUUAAUCUUUAUUGAAAGUUUAUAUUUUAUCAUCCACACCAACAAUAUUCAAUGUUUCUUUAAAGAUGCUACAUCUUGUUUGUCCCA